GUCGCACCAUGGAUCCAGUCACGGCCAUCGGCAUCGUUUCCGCGGCUCUAUCCUUCGUCACAUUCAGCACCAGCCUAGUCAAGGGCGCAAUCCAAAUCCACGGUGCGCUCCGCUCCGACGAAGCAGGGAGCCAUAGCCGGGAGUUUGUCAUCGCCCAAGUGCAGCGAUUCGCCUCCCGUCUGCGCAACCACCUAUCAGCGCCAGAAACGGUUGUCCUUGAGGACCGCGACCUGCUCUACUUAGCCUUCGAAUGCCGCGCCGUAUCGGAUUAAGUAGUUCACCUUCUAGAGCGGCUUAAGCCUGAGGACCCCAGUUCCAGGGUUCAAACCAUUCGGGCGGCCGUCAGGACCAAAAUCCACGAGGACAGCAUCAAUGAUCUCGAGGCGAGGCUAGACGCAUGUCGCAGCCAGCUGCACCUAGAGCCGACCCAUCACAUGGGCCGCCGGACCGAAGCCCUGCUGGGCACUCUGGCCAAUGCAUCUGCCAAGGACGCCGCAAUGUUCCAGCAGUUACAAGCUGGCCUAGACCAACUACGCCAGGGUCUCCAUGUUACCUCCGUUGACCAGAGAGUCUUGGGCGAUUUUCAGCGGCUGCUAGGCCUGCACGAAGAUGUGCGGGCUCUAUCAUUCAGAGACAUGAGACAGCGUUAUGAUGCGAGGGGUCCAACUCUGAAAAAUUUGACCAAGAAGAGAGACAUAUGCCUUCGGUCGCAGGACGGUGUCCUCCAUGUAGCCGGCAAGCUAGGAUCCGGGAAGUCUACCAUCAUGAAAUUCCUAGCUCAAUGCCCAGAAACAAAUGAUAGAUUGAAGAUGUGGGCAGGAGAUCGAAAACUCGCUUCCGCCGCCUUCUUCUUUUGGAAACCAGGUUCAGAGCUGCAAAGGUCUUGCCUGGACUCUUGCUGUCGCGCAACGCAACGCAACACAGCGCUCCACGACAGCCGCUGCUUCUGCUUCCUCAUCGACGGUCUCGACGAGUAUGAGGAAACGGCGCAACACGACCGGCGCCACAUGGUCGAUCUGUUGAAAAAUUGGCGUAAAGCAUCUCUUGGGGCCGUGAAGCUAUGUGUGUACAGCCGCGAGGAUAACGUCUUCAUGAACGCCUUCCCAGCUGACACGCGUCUUUGUCUCCACCAACUGAAGAGAUUCGAUAUGAAAAAAUAUGUUCUCCUCGUCAGAGAGAUUUUGGAAAAGUCCCAUGGUAUAUUUCUCUGGGUGGCGCUGGUGGUUAAGCUAGUGUGCGAGCAGAUAGAGAGUGGAGCCACAGCCGGCACCCUGAGCAAAUUCAUCAACACCCUUUCCGUCACGGAACAGGUCGAGUAA